AUGAGUGAUUUAUUUAAUAUACGUUCAUUUGUUGGCAAUCAAGUUGAAAAAUUAUCAUCACCAAAAAAUAUUCUUGUUGAUAAAUUUCGACAAACGGUUGAUCAAAUUAAAUUACCAUUUUCAACAGCAACAGCAAGUAACAAUGAACGAGGUGAUGAUUUAACAAUAAAUGAAGCAUCACUUAAUUUACGUCCCUCUGAAUCUUCAUCCAAUUCAUCUGUAUCAUCAAAUGAACAAACAAAUCAUGCUUUGCCCAUUUCACAUAAAUCAAUAGUACGUUCAAACCAAUCAACACCACCUAGUUCACAAAGAAUUUCAAGUCUUCUAUCAUCAACAUCCCCCUUAUCAUCACCGAAAUUAUUAUCAAACUUUAAAACUUUAACUGAUCGUUUGUCACGUCGUCAAUCAAUACUUCGACGUCAUGUUUCUGAAUCAAAUCAAAUUGAUGAAACAAUAAUAAGAAAUAAUGAUGAUAAAUCAUUAUCACAACCUAUUUAUCAAAAUAAUCCAUCAACAGAUAUAAAUCUUUCAUUAAAUGCUAAUCAUGAUUUGAAUACAAUAACAGAUGUAACAACAAAAUUUUUAGGUCGAUCACGUUCUCUUAUACGACAAUCAACUGAUACAACAUGUACAUUUCCAAUACGAAAUCCAAUGCGUCGUAUGGAAUCUAUUGAAACAGUUGAAAUACCUGGUUUAAAUGGUGUUAAAGCUAUACGUUAUUUAAAUGAUAAGCUUGGCAAAUUACAACCUGAUCUUUAUAUUAAACAAACAUCACAAAGUGAUCCAACAUAUGGUUGUGGUAAAUUAACAUUUACACUUUUUUAUAAUCAACAAUUAACAUCAUUAGUUGUAACUAUAUUAUCUAUUGAUAAUUUACCAUAUAGAGAUUUAAAUACAAAAAUUUUACCAGAUCCUUAUAUUAAACUUAUUUUAUUACCCGAUCGAAGACGAAAAUUUCAAACAAAAGUGUCUAAACGUACACAAUCACCCCAUUUUAAUGAAACAUUUCAAUUUCAAAUAACUUAUGAAGAAUUACGUCGACGAAUAUUAUUAUUAUCUGUUUAUGAUUUUGGUCGAUCAACGAAAAGAAAAUUAAUUGGAACAGUUAAAGUAGAUGAUGUAGCAGCAAUGCCUGAUAUAACAUCAAAUGAUAUUACAUGUAUAAGAAGCAUUGUACCGGGUACUGAGAGUGAUCCUGAUCUUGGUGAAUUAACUUUAUCAUUAUGUUAUUUACCGAAUGCUAAACGUGUUACAGUAACUAUUGUUAAAGCAAGUGCAUUAAAACCUAUGGAUAUAACUGGUAAAUCAGAUCCCUAUGUUAAAGUUAUUUUAUUAAUUCAUGGGAAAAAAAUUCGAAAGAAAAAAACAUCUGUUCAACCGAAUACACUUAAUCCAACAUAUAAUGAAAGUCUUGAAUUUGAUGUAUCAAUUGAAUCACUUGAAGAUGCUGAUCUUAUAUUUAAAGUAAUUGAUUAUGAUCGUGUUGGUGCAAAUGAAUUAAUUGGUUGUGUUGGUAUUGGUGCUCAUUUUGAUGGUAUUAAUUAUGAUCAUUGGUAUCAAAUGUUAGAACAUCCACGUGUACCAAUAACUGAAAGUUACAAUUUACGUGAAACCAUACCAAUAAUAACAUGUUCAAGUCCACGAACUACCCAUAAAAUCAUAACUCCAAAUAACAUUUAA